AUGAUGGACAUGAAAAUUGCAAACCGGUACAAGUUAGUGAAGAAACUUGGGAGCGGUUCGUUUGGGGACAUCUACAUGGGUGUGAACUCGUUCAACGAAGAGGAGGAGGUAGCAAUCAAAAUGGAGUCGACCAAAGCGCGGUGCCUUCAAUUACGGUACGAGUACAACUUGUACAAAGUGCUCAUGGAGAAUGGGGAGUCUGGGACAAAGGCCACAGGGAUACCGUUUGUGAAGUGGUGGGGGAUGCAAGAUGAUUGGAAUUUAAUGGUGAUGGAAUUACUUGGUCCUUCUCUAGAAGACUUAUUCACAUAUUGUGAACGCAAAUUCACACUCAAAACAACAGUGAUGAUAGCAGACCAGUGUAUUAAAAGAAUACAAGAAGUCCACGAUAGGCUCUUCAUUCACAGAGAUAUCAAGCCGGACAACUUCGUGAUGGGGAUGAAGCAGAUGUCCAACACGGUGUAUGUCAUAGACUUUGGUUUGUCCAAGAAGUACAGAGACAACAAGACAAUGAAACACAUUAAAGAUGCAGAGGAUAAAGCCUUUAUAGGAACAGUACGCUACGCCUCUAUUAAUAAUCACAAAGGUCAUGAACAAAGUCGACGAGACGAUUUAGAGGCACUUGGGUAUAUGUUUGUCUACUUCAUGAAAGGUAGCUUACCGUGGCAAGGGAUUAAAGGCAAAAAAGGUGAUAAAAACACUUUAGUUCUUCAAAAGAAGGAGAGCACACCGUUGGGUGAAUUGUGUGAAGGGCUUCCCGAGGAAUUUUCGAUCUAUUUAGACACGUGUAAAAAGCUUGGUUUUGACCAAACGCCCGACUAUCUUCAACUUCGGAUGCUCUUCUGGAAAAUUGCGAAACGAGAAGGAAUACAGUUCGAUGGACAAUUUGAUUGGUUCAAUUAUAAAGGGCGGAAAAAAGACGAGCAACCUUCAGACUUCUGUUUAAAGGGACACAACAGUGUCACCAGUCGAAGCAAAAGUGGAAGUGUAUCUGUAUAA